CUUCGGACUUGGUCAUGCAGACAGCGCUGAAACGAUCUAGAAAUCGCUGCGCUAUGAAAGCUACCCCGUCUAUCUCUCCACCCUACAAUUUCCAAGGGUAAUACAUUAAAUCUCAUUGAUUCUAUUGCCACUAUUUACACUUUACUGCCUAACUCUCCGUGCGCAUUUCCUCCUGUCUUUGGGUCUCGAGCUGGGAGAACUUUCGAACAACUUGCACAGUAGCAUAAUAACUAAAAGGCAGUGCAACAAACCAUAGUCCCAUGUUUAUACUCGCUGUAGCGAUGAGAGCGGUCGGAACAGCCUGAACUCCAAACCCAACAGCCACCGCCGCUGUUUCAAUUCCCCGGAGGAGAGAACUGUAACGAAUCUGAUCGCCAGGCGAGUCGGAUAGGUUACUGAUGCACCAGUAUAUAUAGUUCUCAACCAUGCUAAGGCUGAUACGUUCGAAGAGAAAAAGCCCGAAUCCACGACCAAACGCCCGUUGGUCGCCCCAGUCCAGUGUCGGGUUUGUGUGGCGGUAUUCGUUUUGGAUAAUGACCGCCCAAAUCCACGUCGCGCUGUUCAACAAAGCGAUGACAACGAAAGUAACUACCGCUCGCGUCUGCCUGCGCUUUGCCCAUCUAACAUCAACAAGGAAACCAACCAACCAAGUCGCCAGGCUCCCGACGACAGCAGACAUAAAGCUUCCUAGUGCACGAGAUCGGACAGUGAAGUAUGUCGCAAGGUAUGUGCCGGGAUACGCCUGUAUCCAUCCAUAGUACCAGAAAAGAGGGAUGAGAAGAAGAAUUGAUCUACUAGUGACGAGGCGCCACAUCUGUCUCGCUUCUUCGCGCCACGGAAUACCCCUUGGCGCCUCGAUGCGCGUUCCAUCAUCGCGCUGCACUUUCUCGGGAUUCGACAACAGGAGGCCGGAGAAAAAGCCAAGGCACUGGAUGGCAAUAAAGGCCAAGUAUGUCUCAUGUCCGACCUUUCCGCGCUGGUUGACGCUGUGGUUGAUCGCAAGCGCGAUAGCCCCUCCAAUGAAAUUUCCAGCGUUUCGAAACGUGAACCAUGUGGCAAUGUAGCGACCCCGCUUAUGCUGCUCCGGGUAGCCAGUGGAGACAGCGCCUUCAACACUCCAGAAGAAACCAGCACUGAUUCCACAAACCAUGGCACCAAAAUAGACGAACCAAGUUGAGCCAGAGCGGUUGUUGACAUAAAGGCCAGCGCCAUAGAGUGGAUAUCCCAAAGCGCCGGCCGCAAGAGUAUAUCGGAACCCAAUUGCGUUUGUUAUCCACGGCCCCGCAAAGCAUGUAACGGUCAUGAAUGCAUAUAACAAAGCAUUAGCAGCGUUGACGAGGUCCGGGCUUUGUGAGCCGCCUACGCCAAGUCCAUUCAUAGCACUCCAGAUUCCAGGGGCUGUAAAUGCGCAGACGCCCACGACGAGGAUCUGGAAAAGGGUGCUUCGAAAAAAGGAAACCUUGUUUCUCGCUGUGAAAGGAAAGCCCGCUCGCGUCGCGUGGGUGCCGGAUGCCUCGCUCCCAAGCUCCUCCUCUCCGUUUGGCAGCUCAUCCUUACUGGUAGCAGGGGAUAUCAUCGACAUUGGGAUAAAAAUUAUGAGAAAUGGUCAAUCGUGGAAGUAAUUGAAACGAGGAUAUAGUCCAUGUACGUGAGAAAGGGAUCAAGGAAUCGAUGACAAAGCCAGGGGUCAAUAACAUGGUGCUGAGGGAUCAAACAGGGCAUGUCCCUGUGGUUAUUUAUAUCCAUGACGACUGGGCCGCACAGGACGAACCUCAAUGCUUUUCGACUAUCCGUUGCUGUAAAUUUGGUUCCCGAUGUAUGUUUCAUGCAUUGUAGCACGCAAGACAAGGGCGUGUUGCACAAUACAUCGGUCCUCUUAGCUGGAUAUGCUAAUUUUUGUCAUUGACGAAUUGGAGAGGAUAUGAGUAAAUUACGCAAUCAGCAGCUCGCGCCAUAAACUCAUUGAGCAACUAGUUGAUCAUCAUGAUAUUGUAGGAGCGGCUACACCGUCAUCUCUUAUCAGCACACUCAGGAUCCAUAGCUUGCAAGUAUGGUCAAUGCCUUUACUUUACAUACCGACUUACUGUGGAUAGCGAUAUCACCAGGUUUGUCAACGCUAACUAAUGAAGUUAUUUUAUCCCGCUAGCUUGAGCCCACUCGUUAGGGCAGGUUGUCGCCAUACAUGCAUGGAUGAGAAAAUCCUCCCAGAUGACGAGCAAUUGUCCUGCAUGUACGAGAUGGAUGAGAUUACCAAGAAAUGUCUAGCUCAAACGUGCUCGUCUCUCCUUCCUAGUUGUGUCUGGGCAGUGACAUAUUUAUAUGGCAGUGGCUUCCACAUAGGUACACGGUGAAAUACAUAUGCCAUGUCCUCAGAAUACAACCGAAAUCGUUUUCCAUCUGAACCAACACCAUGGCCACCACUGCAUCUGUCGAAAACCACACCCGGCCACUCAAGCCGGGCCAUGCUGCCUCGCCGUCAUUGUUCGGUUUCGACAGCUUUGAGCUCCCUUCAACUAACCAGCGCAUACUUGGCAAACCCCACCCCGAAAACACCGUUAUCCCUCUUGCAUUGCGCCCAUCAAACCAAGACGACGUUAAUCUUGACACUGCAAUAGAGACUAUAAAGUCCCUGCAGGCGCAGGAUGGCGGCAUUAUUACCGAGAAGCUCGCACGCCAUGGGGCCCUGCUCUUCAGGGGACUCCCAAUUCACAACGCAGAGGACUUCAGCAGAUUCGCGCAUGCAUUUGGUUACAAUCCGCACGAGAUUAUAGGAAUCGUCGUCGACAGGCCAUUGCUUGCUCCCAACGUGGCCCCAGCGAACGAAUCACCCAAGGAGGUGCUAAUCUACAACCAUAACGAGUCGCCCCAAGUUCCACAUGCACCGGAGUAUAUUUUUUUCUAUAGUUACCGCGCUCCCAAGAAAGGUGGUGAGAGCCCUAUUGCAUCAUCGGUUGAGCUGUUCCACCGCGCGCAGCAAGAAAUACCUGAGUUCAUCGCAGAGCUUGCAGAGAAAGGAAUCCUCAGCAAAGUAACGUAUAAACUCGACAAGCAACAUGAGGGUGGGUCGACGAUCAAUCAAGCAUUUGGGAAAGAAAUCAAAGAAGGCGAUGACGAGGCGACUAGGAGGGCUAAAAUCGAGGCUCAGAUCGCCCGUUACGGCCGCGGGAAGCACACGACUUGGGAAUGGACGAAUAAUGAUGGCAUCGUGGUAACUCAUAGACUUCCUUCAAUCCGCACCCAGGCCAAGACCAACCUGCCCACCCUCUUCACGGGACUGGCAGCCUACUACAAAAAUGCCCAAGUCAAUUCCACAGCCCGAAACGUGACGAAGCAGUACUUUGGUGACGGCACUCCCAUUGACGAGAAAUACCUCGCACAUCUCGCCAAAAUUACUGACGAGAUACGGGUACUGCAUAAAUGGCAGGAGGGGGAUGUGUUGGUAUAUGAUAAUGUUAUUGCGCAGCAUGGGCGAGAGCCCUGGGAAGGGGAACAGUCAGACCGAGUAGUGCUUGCAAGUCUUUUCGAUGGCGAAAGUGUCCCCGGGGCAUAUACCUCUGCUGACUGGGCACAAGUUGUUCAGGCUCUAGAUGGGUAGUCAUUGCAGCUGUAAUCGAAAUGAAAGCAGCCGUCCCAUAUUCUUUUUUUUUUUUUUUUUUUUUUUUUUUUUUUUUUUUU